UAACUACAAGUGCCAGCCCUCUUUGGAAGAGGGAACGUGGGAUAACGUUACUAACAGUUGCUAAUAAUUAAGUUUAGAAAGAAAUUCUGUGUGUUACUUAUAUAUUCGCGUUAUUUCAGUAUGUCAGACAAGGGAGACGUAGAUCUAACUGGAGCUAAACAGAAUACUGGCGUCUGGCUUGUAAAAGUUCCUAAAUAUCUUGCACAGCAAUGGACCAAAGCAACAGGCAGGGGCGAAGUGGGGAAACUACGCAUUUCCAAGAACCAAGGGAAAGCAGAGGUCUCCUUCACCCUAAAUGAAGAACUGACCAUUCUAGAGAGCUCAGGGGAGAAGGCGACUCAGGUCAACGUACCCCGAGAGCAUCCGUUCACUAUGCAGACUGUCGGAGGGCAGACACUUGCAGUUUUCACUGAGACGGCUUCAGGCCAGUCAGAGGCCGACGGCAGCACCUCAGGGCCCGGGACGGGCCCAGACAAACUAGCUCUGGAGGGCGUUGUGGUGCAGAGGGCUGAAUGUCGUCCAGCCGUCAGUGAGAACUACAUGAAGUUGAAGAAGCUUCAGAUUGAGGAGUCCACCAAACCAGUCCGCCUGUCUCAGCAACUGGACAAAGCUGUAACUACCAAUUACAAGCCAGUUGCAAAUCACGCAUACAAUCUCGAGUAUGAGAGGAAAAAGAAGGAGGAAGGCAAAAGGGCCCGAUUAGAUAAGCAGCAGGUACUAGACAUGCUCUUCUCUGCGUUUGAGAAGCAUCAGUACUACAACAUCAAAGACCUGGUGGACAUCACCAAGCAGCCAGUGAUCUACUUGAAAGAGAUUCUUCGUGACAUUGGGAUCUACAAUGUGAAGGGCACCCACAAGAACACCUGGGAGCUUAAGCCAGAAUACAGGCACUACCAAGGAGAGGAGAAGAGUGAGUGAGCACAUCAGAGAUGAUUAGGACUUCAACCAUCUCAAGUGGAUGCAGGGCAGGGUCCGGGUUGUCCAGAUGUCGGGGGGAAAAACAGUUUGGAUGGAGUUCCAUGGUCUACCCCACUCCUGCCCCUUGUGUGUUUGUGUGGUGUAAAGACUUUGUUCCUUCUUCCUACACCCACGAGAAGUCCACUGUCCACUGCACUGGCCUAAGGACAAGCCAACAGGGAUGACCUUGUGUUUAACUAGAAUAGGCAAAGUAAAGGAGGUUUUUUUUGAAAGGCCUUAAAUUGUUUAAA